CCCUGCCAGCACCGUCCCCGUCCUCGGCCCUGUCCCUUGCCAUGGCCCUGGCACUGCCGCUGCUCCUCGCCCUGCUCGGGACCACCCCAGGUCCCCCUGGCCAGGUGCUGACAGUGGCCACAGGUUUGGGGGCGCCGGGGGGGGGCUGUGGGGUGCCCCCCUCUGCCUGGUGCCAGGACUGGGUGACGGCGCUGCGCUGUGGGGCCCUGGGGCGCUGCCCCCACCUCACCCAGGGACCCCCCGACAUGGACACCUGUGCCAUGUGCCAGAUGGUCAUGGACUUCCUCCGCCAAAUCUCCAACCAAUCGGCCUUGGAGGUGGUGCUAGAUAAGGUGGUGGGGCUUGUGUGCCCCCAUCUCCCUUUUGUGGAGACCCUGUGCAAGAACCUGGCUCAGUGGCUUGUCCAUCACCUCCUCCUGGACAUCCAGCACCUUAAGCCCCAGGAGGUCUGUGCUAAGCUGAAGCUGUGUCCUGGAGAACCCGGGGCCACGCUGGCCAUGCCCGUCCUUGAGGUGCCCAGCAGCCACCUGCAGGGCUCCGGGCUGUCCCCAAAGGCGCUGCCGCUGCCACUGUGCUGGCUGUGCCGCUCGCUGGUGGCGCGGGCCGAGGCCGCUGUCCCUGUGGGCUCGGUGGCCACGGCGGUGGCCGGGCUGUGCCGGGCACUGCCGCUGCCGGUGGCCGGGGCUUGUCAGUGCCUGGCUGAGCGCUACGCGGCCCUGGCGCUCGAGGGGCUGCUGGGCCGCCUGGGCCCCCGCCUGCUCUGCCGCCUGUUCCUCGCCUGCCGCAGUGGGGACAACGGGGACAACGAGCGCGUGGGGACGCUGCCCGCCGCCCUGGGUGCUGGAGGCCAUCGUGGUCCGGCUGGCAGAGUGUGUCAGGGAGGAGGUGAGGGAGGACACGAGGGGGACACAAAAAGGACGGCCGGGGGGAUGGAGCCCAAAGGUGAUGGUGUCCCUGCGCUGUCCCUGUCCCUGCCCCUGGGCCCCUGUGCCCUGGGCCCCAUCUUCUGGUGCUCGGGCCCGGAGGCCGCCCGACGCUGCCAGGCCCUGCAGCACUGCCAGGAGCACGUCUGGCUGUAGGGGGACACCAGGACCCCCCGCUUUCCCCAAUAAAGCUUGC